CAGACCAACUCCAAAUAAACCGGAGUCACUUGUUGGCCAUCGCCUUCACUCUCUACCACAGCGCAUCCUCCAGGCAGCAUCUGUAGGGGACACAUUUGGUUGUUCAUCUCCCGCUAACGGUACGAGACCACCCAUCUCACUCUCAAGCGCAUCUCAACGCCGCCGCUUUUUCCCCUCCUCUCACUUGUCGCAUCGUCGCAAUCGCCUUUCACUUUCACUAAAGGUCGUCACCGACUUUGCGCAUCACCUUUUCACGCUUGCGCAUCACUUUCCAUCUCUCCACUCUCACUCUCACCUCCUGUCGCGUAACUACUCAAGAUAAAGUCCAAGAAUACCAAUCCUGACAUCAGCUCGCUUCAGACUGCCUUACCACACUCCGUCGUUCUCUCUACAGCUCACCGCAAUCAUGGAGACUGUCAUCACACACCCCUCGACCGCCGCUCAGGCCAAGAACUUCACCGCACCCGGCUCUUUGUCCUUCCCAGGUGGCGCAGGUGAUCUCACCCCACCUUCAUCUGAGAAAGAUGGUCAGCAGAUCUCGCAGACAAACGGCGCAUACGGGUACGGCAACACUUCGCAGCCUCAGGGCCAGCAGCAACAGCCUGCACAGCAAGGAGCCGCCGCCCAACAGGGUGCUGGGGUGACUCCCGCGACUCCCGCUGCUACGCCCGGCGCUGGUCAGGGUGUCAGUGGCAUUGUGCCUACAUUGCAGUGAGU